AUGGAGAGUCUCAAAAAAUUUUGCAAGACAAUCGUAACUGUUUUUUCGGAUGAAUAUUUGUGGUCUCCAAAUGCCAAUGAUAUUGCUCGAUUGCUUGUUGUUGGUGAACAACGGAGAUUCCCAGGAAUGCUAGGAAGCAUUGAUUGCAUGCAUUGGAAGUGGAAAAAUUGUCCUGCUGCCUGGAAAGAGAGAUCUUUUAUUUUCACGGAACUUGCUCAAGAGCGUGCUCCACCAGUCAAUUACACAAUCAAUGGCAACGACUACACUAUGGGGUACUACUUUGCCGAUGGUAUUUAUCCUAAGUGGCCAACGUUUGUGAAGACGAUUCCAUCACCCCAAGGGAAUAAGAAGAAAAACUUUGCCACAGCACAAGAAUCUGCAAGAAAAGAUGUCGAGCGUGCCUUCGGGGUACUUCAACAACGAUUUACAAUUGUUCGUGGACCUUCCCGAUUAUUCAAAGUCAAUGACCUAACAAAUAUAAUGAAAACAUGUGUUAUUCUACAUAACAUGAUCAUUGAGGACGAGCGUGAUGAUAGUCAGGGUCUGAACAUGGAGUACGAUCAACUUGAUGAUGAUAUUCCAGAAUUGUCGCGCAAUCCAACAAAUGAGUUUAUGAACUUCAUUCAGCGCCAUCAUAAAAUUAGGGAUAGCUCGGCACAUCAUCAACUACAAGUAGAUUUAAUUGAACAUCACUAG